AUGGCCCUCGCUAAGAAGAAAAGUGCCACCAGGAAGGUUGCCAAGAAAGUGAGCCGCAAGAGCCCCGAGUACACGACGCUGCGCAAGAGCUGCAAGCCCGGCACCAUCGCCAUCAUCCUUGCCGGCCGCUUCCGUGGCCGCCGCGUGGUGAUCCUGAAGCAGCUGCCCCGCAACGGUCCGCUGGUAAUCUCCGGGCCCAUGAAAUACAACGGCGUGCCGAUCCGUCGCAUCGACUCUCGCUACAUCAUUGCGACGUCGACGAAGGUGAACAUCAAAAAUGUGGACGUGAGCGGCAUCACCCCCGACAUCUUCAAGCGCCCGAAGCAGGAAAAACGCGUGAAGUCGGAGGGUGAGUUUAUGGGUGACAAGGCGAAGAAAGCGGCGGAGCAGAAGGCCAAAAAGACGGCGAAGGCGGCACCGAAGGGCAUCGUCAGUGAUGCCCGUGCGCAGCUGCAGAAGACGGUUGAUGCUGCGCUCAUUGAGGCGAUCAGGAAGGACCCGCUCGGGAAGGAAAAGGCCGGAUACCUCCACUCCGUGUUCACCAUCAAGCCGGGUGAUGCGCCCCACCGCAUGAGGUGGUAG